AUGAGUUCUAGGUGGAGACAGACAAAGAUCCUUCUGAGAAAGAAUAUAAUAUUGCUCAGAAGGAGUUAUAGAUCAACUAUAAUAUUGUUGUUGGUACCAUUUGUAUUCGUAUUCUUCUUGUGGAUCCUUCAGUUUGGUAUAAGAGCCAACAAUAGGAAUACACUAGCCACUCAAGUUUUGAGAGAUCCAACAGCAGAUAUAAUAUCAAAUCCACCAAGAUGUAUUAUUGGAGAGAAGAAAAAGAGCUGUUAUACAGUGGCAUAUGUUAGUGAUACACCGAUUGGUGAUUGGACAAUAGCGAGUAUAUCGAACAAGUUUGGAAUACCUGAUGAGGAGGUACGCAAGUUUGACUCGGCCGACGACUUGGACCUGUUCCUCAGUGCCAAUCCCAACACGACAAUGGCCGGCGUCAUCUUCCACAAGAACGACACGACAAACGAACUGCACUACACGGUCAUGUACAACAAGACGAUGACCUACGUCAACUCGAAGCAGGUGCUGACGUCGACCUACGUCCAACUGCCGUGGAUCCACGCGCUCGAGUCGUUCCUCGUGGCCAACAUCACCAACAACCCCAACGCCAACUACUCGAUCGACUUUACGCAGUUGGCGCAUCCCGAGCUGGUGAUUCGCGACAUCAUCGGAGACAUGGGUCCGAUCUUCUUCUUUGCCGCGCUGAUGUUCAACGUCGUCAUCCAGCUGGGCCAGAUCGUGUUGGAGAAGGAGCUCAAGCUGCGUGAGGGAAUGAACAUGAUGGGUCUGAAGGACAGCGUCUACUGGUUCACAUGGACCGUCACCAACGUCACCAUCAACACCAUCUCCUGUUUCAUCCUUGUUGCCGCCGGAUACAUCUUCCAAUUCGAUUUCUUCAAGAAGAAUGCCUUUGGUACAUUCUUCUUCCUCUUCCUCCUGUUCAGUAUAUCAAUGGUCAGCUUUGUAUUCUUCUUAAGUACUCUUAUCAAGUCUGCAAACAUUGCAACAUCAAUUGGAUUCGUUAUAUUCUUGGUUGGAAUCAUCAUUCAGGGCUUUGCAUCGAUGGCCUUCCAAGAGGGAUUCUACGCUGCAGUGCGCAUUGUAUUGUCAUUCUUGCCAUUCGCAUUGUUGGCCAAGGGCAUUGGAGAUUUGUCGAGUGCCGCUGCUGGCUCCACCGCCAGCGGUAUGGCCUGGUCGGGAAGAUUCAACAACGCAUACUUCCCACUGCAGUCCACCUACUACUGGUUGAUCUUUGACUUCUUCUUCUUCUUUGUGCUGGCGCUCUACUUGGACAACGUUGUGCCCAGCAUGUAUGGCACUUCCAAGGGAAUGUUCUUCUUCUUGCAGCCAUCCUACUGGGUGUGGCGUCCAUCAAAGCCCAAGCCCCAGAAGGAGACCAAGCACUCCAAGAAGGCUGCCGCCGAGACUGACCAUGAGGAGGAUGAGGACGUCGUUGCAGAGCGCGAAAACGUCCUUGCUGGCACAUUGCCCGAGGACACUGCCGUGCGCAUCACCAACCUGCGCAAGGUCUACACAUCAUCUGGCUGCUGUGGCUGUAACAAGAAGCAGUUCGUCGCCGUCAAGAACACCUGUCUGUCCAUUGGUCAGGGCCAACUAUUUGUGCUGCUCGGCCACAAUGGUGCCGGCAAGACCACCACAUUCAACAUGAUGACUGGACUGUUCUCGCCAUCAAGCGGUGAUGCCUUUGUCUUUGGUCACUCAAUCAUUAGCAACAUGCCAGCGAUCAGAAAGGACAUGGGCGUGUGUCCACAGCACGACAUCCUCUGGAACGAGCUGACUGGCCGCGAGCAUCUCGAGAUCUACGCCGCGUUCAAGGGCAUUCCCGACGACCGCAUUCAUGCCGAGGUUGAGGAGCGUCUCAAGGAUGUCGAGCUGAUCAGCGCCGCCAACCUGCCAACAUCCAAGUACAGUGGUGGUAUGCGUCGUCGUCUGUCCACAGCCAUCGCCCUGAUUGCCGACCCCAAGAUCGUCUAUUUGGACGAGCCCACCACUGGCAUGGACCCCGUGUCUCGUCGCCAAGUGUGGAACCUGAUCGAGAAGGUCAAGAAGGGCCGUGUCAUCAUCCUUACCACUCACUCGAUGGAGGAGGCCGAUGUGCUGGGCGACCGCAUUGCCAUCAUGAAGAAGGGCAAGCUCGUGUGUCUGGGCUCAUCACUGCGUCUCAAGAACAAGUUUGGCGCUGGCUACCGUCUCGUGGCGCUGCUCGACCUAAACAGAUUGGACCGCACCGAAGACGUCAUCCGCUUCUUUGAGAUGCAUUUGGAUGUCAAGCCGGCCACCUCUGCCAUUGGCACGCUCGAGUUCAACGUGCCACGCGAGAAACAACAAGCACUGAUCGCCUUCUUUGAGAAGUUGGAGCAUGCUCGUGAGAUACUACCAAUUCGCGACGUUCAAAUCAGUAUGACCACUCUUGAGGAAGUAUUCCUUCACAUUGCUGGUCAUGAUGAGUAG